AUGGUAUUUGCAUCGUUCCUUCAAUCAUUGGAUGAGAUUUUAUUGUUGAACAUCGAUGUAAGUUUUGCCGCGACAUCAUUUGCAAUAGCAGACCUUGCAAAGUACCAGGAUAUCCAAAUCAAACUCCGAGAUGAGGUAGACAACCAAUUGAAAGGAUUGGAACCGAGUAGUUUUGAAAACUUGGAGAAGAAACUACCGUUCAUGGAAAUGGUUCUGAAAGAAAGUGCACGAAUGCAUCCAGCGUUGGCGCUCAGUCUACCAGAAAAAACGAAGAAAACCACUGAAUUGGCAGGUUUCAUCGUACCUAAAGGGACAACAGUAUGUGUCGAUACAUAUUCACUCAAUUACUCUGAAACGUAUUGGGACAAUCCGGAGGUUUUUAAUCCGGAGCGAUUCGCUGCUGGAAAGAAUCUUGUACCUGGUUCAUUUUUCCGUUUUGGUUUGGGUCCAAGGAAAUGUUUGGGAUAUCGAAUCGCUUUGGCUAUCACAAGGAUCGUCGUUGCCUCAUUUAUACAGCGAUAUGAAAUACAAUUGUUCGACAAAAAUAGCUUUGCCCACGUUAAAAGCACUGGGAUGCUAUUUUUCACACCCUACUUAAGUCCUGAUAUAAUUUUGAAAUGUAGAUGA